ACUCAUGUGGGUUUGAUUCUAACUGGUGUGGCUUUGAGAAUGAUGUCAGUCACGUAGGUCGCUGGGGUCGUAAACAAGGAACAAAGGAUCACGUGGAUCACACCUAUGGAACUGAAAACGGUUUCUACAUGACGUCUAUGAUGACGUCAAACUCUACACAGCUGAAGUGCUCAGCUGCUCACUACCAGAGUUGUCAGCAAGUGAGAUGUGCAUCCGCUUCUGGUAUUGGUUGCCUCCAGAUUCCUCUAAUGAUCUCGAAGUCCUUGUCCUGCGGAGUGGGACGUAUUAUGAUGCUUUCUGGCAAAGGUCUGGAGCGCCCUCUUCAGGCUGGGAGGUUGCAGAGGUCACGGUAUCUUCUCCAGAAAAGUUCCAUGUGGUAUUUAAGGCAGUCUAUGCUCCAGGAAGCACUUCUGCAGUGCAAAUAGAUGAUUAUUCUGCUAGGGAUGGUGCCUGCAUGCCCCGGGGAAAUUGUGACUUUGAGUCUGGAGGGUGCACUUGGGUCAACAUCCCAAAGAAAGAGGGGGAUGACUGGUUUUUGGCAAAAGGAGGCUUCCAGGGUCCACCUACAGAUCACACCACUCAAACCCCAGAGGGCCGGUUCUUGAUGAGCUUAUUACAACCUGCAAAUCCAACCAGUGUAGCCCAGGUUGUAUCAGAAUGGAUUCAACUGAAGAACACACCCUCUUGUCUCACGUUAUGGUACCAUAUGGACAACAGGGAAUCGGGAACAUUGCGGGUCUAUAAACGUUCAGAGCCACUGGAGCAGGACAUGCUGUUCAACACAAGCACCAGUAAAACCAGCUGGACCAGUUUUUCUCAAUCUCUCUCAUUGACCAAACCUUUCCAGCUGCUGAUCGAGGCAGAGGCUGUCAACAGUGGACAUAUUGCUGUUGAUGACAUCACCGUCACACCAGGCCUUUGUCAAGUGAAUGAAACAACUGGUGGAUUUGUGGGCUGUUCGUUUGAGAAUGGUACAUGUGGCUGGGAGGACGUCAGUGAUGGCCCAUUUCAGUGGUUAAGAUUACGAAAUGGUACUGAGAAUGCAGGACCCCCUAUGGACCACACACUGGGCACUGAGUUGGGUUGGUACGUGGCAGUACAGUCAGACCGAGGUGAACACAUCCACCCUGCUACACUGAAGAGCCCCACCAUGAUACAGGCCAGCGCCACAUGCACGUUACACUUCUAUUAUCACAUGCACGGUGAAGGACAACUGAAAGUCUUGUUAAAGAAUGACUUCAGAGAUACAACACUGUGGUGGCUAUCUGGAAAUCAGGGAGAUUUGUGGAGUCAUUCUGUGGUAACAGUUGGCCGAACUCUUCACGAUUUCACCAUCAUGUUUGAAGGCUCAAGGAAUUUCAACAGCCCUGGACAUGUUUCCAUUGAUGAUAUUGAUUUCACCAACUGCACCUUGCCUGAGCCCCAGCCUUCAUGUCCAGAUAAUAUGUUUACGUGCAACAACAGAGUCUGUGUGGAUCACAGCCAAGUGUGUGACUAUAGUGAUGACUGUGGAGAUCGGUCCGAUGAGAACAACUGCGAGCAACAAGGUAUGGCGGAACGCUGCAAUUUUGAACAAGGUCUGUGUUCUUGGGCGGAGAGUGAUGUAGACACAGCUGGGACUGAGUGGACACGUCUUAGAGGUCAGGAAGCCUGGCCCAAGCGAGGGCCUCCCAGGGAUCAUACCCAGAACUCUGCUGCAGGUCACUUUGUUGUCCCGGGGACUCACCUGAAUGAGAGAGGCCAAACAUCAGAGAUGCUCUCUAAAACCUUACUGCCCAGUUCUAGCUGCACUGUGAGGUUCUUCGUCUACAGUAUGGAUGAUGCUGCCUCCAAUUUAACCAUUCAGUCCAGGAUUCGGCGGUCUGGAAGUGACGACACAGUGUUGUGGCUCAGAGAAAAUUCAGAAAGCUUCAGCUGGCAGAGAGUGCAGCUCAACUUCUCUUCCACAGCCAACAGUAAGAUUGUCUUCUGCUAUGAGCAUGGAUUGGGGCACAGAGGCCUCGUCGCACUGGACGAUAUCUCUUUUUCCAAGGAGUGUGUGUUUGACCCACAAAACAGUGAACUGCCUGAUAUAUCAUCCACUUCUGCUCCACACACGUCUCCAACCACAACCUCAACAACUGCACCAACCAACCCCUGUAAGGAUUAUGAGUUUUUCUGUUGGCGAUCAUCAGGUGAAGUGUGUAUUCUGAAGAGUUUACAAUGUGAUUAUCAGCCAAACUGCCCACAGGGGGAGGACGAGGAUGGCUGCGUUAGUGCUUGUCCCUGCACAUUUGAACGUGACCAAUGCCGCUGGACUGAGAGUGGAGACGGGCCGAGCAGGUGGCACAGACAGAAAGCCAGUAACAAUACUAAACCACCCACUGAUCACACCGCAGGCGCAGGCUACUACAUGAGCGUGAUUUUGAGUCCGGGUGAAGCUCGGCUGCAGAGUCCCAGCCUCCCUCCCUCGUCACCUUAUUGCCAGAUGCAGUUUCACUUCCACAUCAGCGCAGUGAGUGCUGGGUCACUCAGAGUGCUUAUGCAGCAAGCUGAGGGACGUGAAGCAAUCUUGUGGUCACGCAGUCACAACACUGUCUCUCAAUGGAGCCAGAGACUCUGCCUCUCGGCCCGCACCAGCAGCCGUACAAGGUUGUGUUCAGUGGUGUGGAUGCAGGAGGUCUAGGGGCCCAGUGGGAUGCAGAUCAGAAUGUUGCUGUGGAUGAUAUCUCUUUUAUAAACUGUGAAAAAUCAUUCCAACCCCCAGCUCUGUCAGCCUACGGAUGUUCAUUUGAAGAUGGUUUGUGUGGUUGGGUGCAGGGGGGUGAAGACAACUUGGACUGGCUGAUCUGGUCAGGUCCCACUGAAACCCUCAAUACUGGACCUGCAGAAGACCACACUAUGGGCUGUGGGAAAUACCUCCACAUUGAAAGUUCUCCUCCAAGUGUGAAAGGGAAUGUGGCCCAGCUAAAUCCUCCCUGCUGCCACCUGCUGGUGAAGUAGGAUACUGUUUUACAUUUUGGUACCACAUGUUUGGCUCUACAGUGGGCUCUUUGAGGGUGAUUCUACAAACAGCCGAUCUGG